AUGUUGAAAACCGCCCUGCGACAGCGGGUUGUCCGCCGGUCCUUUCUUCAGCGAAGAUGGGCGUCGACAGAGGGGACCGAGCAACCAUUUCCUCCGGACAACGAGUGGUCCCAUCCUCCCACCAACGCCACGGUAUCAGACGAGGAGAUACACCGGCUAGCAGCGAAGCCUCGCCGCCCACUGACCCUCGCAGACCUGGUCAAACAUGGCAAACCGCCGCUUCGAGACGCUGCGCUCCUCUCGUCCGCCAACUUCACCUUGUCGCUCCUGCCCGCCCGUCUCGCACAUCGUAUUCAGGCCCUCCGGAAUCUUCCCUUCAUCGUGGUCUCGAACCCGAAUGUGUCCAAGAUAUACAACAACUAUCUGCACUCGCUCUCUACGCUCGAGCCAUUCUACAAGAAGCCAAUCGAGACGAUUGAAGAUGAGAGGAAAUUCACAGAUGCCAUGGCGGAUCUCGUCCGGACGCAUUCUAACACCAUUCCCAUCCUCGCACAGGGGUUCUUGCAAUGUCGAAAAUACAUCGAGCCCGCCGAAGUCACCCGGUUCCUGGACCAGCAUCUGCGUGCCCGGAUCGGCACCAGACUGCUGGCUGAACAGCACCUGGCCUUGCACAUGGCGUCAACGGCCGAUGCAAUCAAGGAGAAACCUGACCCCACCCACGUCGGAGUCAUCGACCUUGCCGUCAAACCUGCAGACAUUGUGCGCCGUUGUGAAGGGUUUGUAGCCGAGGUGUGCGAAUACAAGUAUGGGGUGCGCCCGUCGCUAGUGAUGCAGGGAGACCAGGCCGCAGAAUUUGCGCACAUUCCCAUGCACCUCGAGUACAUCAUCACAGAGCUCUUGAAGAAUGCAUUCCGCGCGACGAUCGAGAGCGGCAACGAGAAGGAAGCGAUCGAAAUCACGAUCGCGUCCGCGCCCGACGUGGCCAUCACGAAGCUCGAAUCUCUCAAGAAAAUGUCGGUGAGCAAGGAGAACUCGUACGACUUCUCACAGGAGGGGUUGGAGGAGUAUUGCUCCGACGCCGAUGAUCCCAUGGGGCCACUCCAUUCGGCCGUCCCGUGUAUAACAUUGCGGAUACGUGACCGUGGAGGAGGCAUCCCGCCCGAAGCUCUUCCCAACAUUUGGUCCUAUAGUUUCACCACCUUCAACAAUGAAGAGGCCGCCGCGGCCACCGACGGCAGUCUUGGCAGCGAAGAUGACUCGGGCCUAGGCGUCCUCUCGAGUACCGGAGCAGAUCAGUCCUCCAUCGCAGGGUUGGGAUACGGAUUACCCCUCUCGAGAGCCUACGCCGAGUAUUUCGGCGGAGGCAUUGCUGUGCAGAGUAUGUAUGGCUGGGGCACGGACGUGUAUCUGACGCUGCAAGGUAUUGCGAGUACUAAGGAAAUCAAGGAAGCUCCGACUGGGUUUGAGGAGCUCCAAACGGAAAGGGAGAAGGAAGAGCAGAAGGAGUAA